AUGCGGACUCUCUUGGGAUGCCUGAUCUUGGCCGGCUGCGGCAUUAUUCCUCCGGGCGUCCAGGCAGCCAGUAUACAUGACGAGCUCGCGCUCAUAUCCAAGCGUCGGAUUGCUGAUCUCGCGCAGUUCCCUGACCCGACUUGGUUUGACGAAAUGUCAGCUUGGUUGGAGACUCAGGAGAGCGACGGAGCCUGGCCCGACGUGAACUACGAGUCGGGAUGUGCAGCGCAACGUGCCAACUGGCCAAUUCAAGCCCAUUGGAACAGGAUCAUCACCUUCGCAGCCGCAUGGUCUGGCGCCAACCAGGCCGUCGCCCAGGGCUGGACAAGAAGUGAGGCUCUCCUCAAGGCCGUCUCCCAGGGCUUGGACUACUGGUUCAGCAACGACUACACCCCAGCCGACUGCAUGGGAGAUGGUGGGAGAUCCACGGGAGGCUGCCCAUGCGGAACGCCCGGGUUGUGGAAUACCAACUGGUACGCACAGGCGAUUUUGAUUCCUCAGCUAUGUUCAACCGCAUGCCUGCUCCUCAAGGAUGCCGACUUGCCCAAGAAGAUCACUGCCGGGUGCGAACGCAUUCCUCGCAGGGCUUACGACCUGAGGGACCGAGUCUACGGCACCGGUGGCCGUGUGACCGGAGCCAACCGACAGGCUGUGCUGGUGAUGCAAAACUCGGUCAGCCUGGCGUUGCGCUCCGAUAAUGCCACCAUGCUGCGGGACGCUUAUGGCAGGGCCAUGUCUGUCAUGACGUACGCCGACAAGACGACGGAGGACGGAAUCCACAGAGAUGUCGCGCUUCAGCUCAAUGCGUUCGUUCAGCUCCAAGGCGAAGCAGUCGGCACCUCAUUUGCCGCCGGAACCGCGACGCGAGACGCCAUCGCCGCCCAAGUAAGGGGUAGCGAAUGGAUGAUUUUUGUCGACCGACAUACAAGACGGGAACACUGGGACUUUGUGAGUCCUACCGGCACUGAGGUUUCUACACCGAGAGACCCGGAACACGCGCUGACAGCCGAGUCCCAGAACGCCAUCGGCCGGUUCGUCGCGUUUCCCACCCAAGACCUCCAAGCAAGCGCAGACAUCAACUUCAACGCGACCAAGCUCGCGGGCGCGGUUGCUGAUUUCACCGGCUCAAGGAACGUCAGCGACGCCGUUCGGCGCCUACAGUCCAACGGAACGGAAGAGUUGGUCGGUAACAAGGGCUUCUGGGCCGGCGACUACAUGGUCCAUCGAACCGGGUCCUUUGUGCUGGGGAACAAGAUGCUGUCCACGCGGUCCCGCAACUCGGAGGCCGUAAACUCUGCCAACCCACUCGGAUACCACCUGGGCCAGGGCACGCUCUUCACGUACGUCGAGGGCAACGAAUACACAGACAUCGUGGGAGCGUGGGACUGGAACCUCGUCCCCGGAACCACAACCUUGCUCAACCACACCAAGUUGUCGGCCGGUGCGUCGGCAAAUGCAGGAAAGAACGAGUUUGUCGGGGUCGUCAGCGACGGCAGAGUCGGAGCCGCGGUGCAGGACUACACCGACCCCUCGGACGGGAGCAUCUCCUACCGCAAGGCGUGGUUCUACCAGGAAGACUUUGUCCUGGUAACCGUGCAGGAUGUCGAAAGGAGCGCGUCCACGGCACCCGUCAUCACCGUCUUGGAUAAUCGCGCCUCGGCCCCGGGGAAGAUCUGGGUGGACGGGGCAGCCGUACAGGCCGACGCGGGCAAGGCGGCUCGCGGCAAGACCCUCUUCUACGGAGGCAACGGAUAUCUCUCGUACGGCAGGCCGUUUGCCCUGACGCUGUUUGAGGGCGAGCGGACGGGGAACUGGUCCGACAUCUCGACCUCGACCGCCGGCGUGACCACCUCGUCCAUCUUCUCGGCGUACACUACAGUCACGCACACAUCUGCUGCCUAUGCCGUGUUCCCGGCAUCCAGCCGCAGCAGACUUGCCCGGGAAGCUGAGAGGCCCUCGGUCUCCCCCAUCAUGACGAGCGGCAUAAGCGGCGCCCUAGGAUCGGGGAGACUGAGUCUCGUGUUCUGGCCGGGCGGCGAGAAGAGCAUCAAGCUGAAGCUCGACGAGAUCGGUUGGGCGAGAGGGGGCUCCGUGACCAUCACCUCUGCCCAGCCCGGCUCCUAUCUCUUUUCCGGCGAGCGCAGAUGCGCCGAGGGCAUGACGCUCGUCAUUACGCUGUCAGACCCGACGCAGAAGGCGGCUUCUGCCUCGUUUUCGCUCCGGCUUGACGGGGCAAAGGCCCGCCCGACGGCGACGCCUGCAAGGGACGGCAGGUCGGGCGACGAGCUUGAGGUCAACUACACGGUGGAUUUGCCAACGGGGGGGAUGGCGGGCUCGUCGAUAUCACGCAAGUUGUAUCUGGAGUUUGAACGAUGA